AUGGCCCGUCGGUUUCCUCGUCGGCAGGAUUUUACCCUCGGAUUGAGCGUCUUCCUCUUCGUUUUCAUGUUUCUGCCUACCUUUGUGAUACUGCUAGCGGUCGUCGUCUUCUUUGGGCUGGUAUAUCCGCGAUUGCGGAAGUCGUACAGCCUUGACCAUGAAAAGGAGUCUCGGCCAUCGGAAAUCAAAGAUUGA